AUGAACCGCAGCCGCACCAGCAGCACCACCGACAAGGCAGGGACAGUCACGCUCUGGGGCUGUGAGCUAAACCAGGAGAAGCGGACCUGGACCUUCAAACCGCAGAAGGAGGGGAAGGUGUUGCUCUGUACGAUUUGCUUGGGGGAGAAAGCCAAAGAGGAGAUGAACCUCGUGGAGAUCCUGCCCCCAGCAGGCCAGGAGGACAAGAGGACGAAACCCAUCACCAUUGCCUCGCUGCAGGCCUCAGUCUUACCCAUGAUCAUGGUGGGGCUGGAGCUUUCUCCUCCAGUCACUUUUCAGCUCCGGGCCGGCUCUGGACCCGUGUUCCUCAGUGGCCAGGAAUGUUAUGACACGGCAGACCUCUCCUGGGAGGAGGAAGAGGAGCAGGAGGAGGAGGAGGAAGUGGAGGAGGAAGAGGAUGAGCCGCAGCAGCAGCCUGAGGAUGACGACGAUGACGACGACGAUGAGGAGACCCCUGUCAAACAGGGCAAGAGGCCGAUGCCCCAGAAGCAGACAAGCGUCGCCAAAAGGAAAAAGGUGGAAAAAGAAGAGGAAGCAGCGAGAUCCAGUCUUAGAGACAAGAGCCCUGUGAGGAAGACCAAACCUACACCCAGACCUAAAAAGCCGGGAUGCAAGAAAUGAGGAUCCUGGAGUGGUCUGGCCACAGUGACCCAGGGAGGGCCUGCCAGGCCACCAUGCAGAGGGGGCCUUCCUGGGGUACAUCGUGGACCCAGGGCCCCAACCACCCACCCCAGCUCCCUCCACCUGAGUCUGAAUAUGAUGGAGGUGUUGGGGGCAACACAAAAGCCCCUCGCCCCAACUCUCUGGAUUC